AUGAAGGCAUUGGGCUCAUUGGUGAAAAGGACCUGCAUCCUGUUGUGCUGGAUAUUUGGAACUGCCUACACAAAGUGCGGCUUCGGCGACGAGACGGGCCCGCGCGCCAUCAUCCCGUCGCGCGUGACGGUGGAUGGCCAUGAGCGCUCCGUCUUCGACUACCGCGGCGGCGACGACCUCUACCGGCUGCUGGUCGAGCUGAUGCAGAAGGUCUACUUCAGGCGGCUGCUGGUGAACCCGAAGGACCGGCCGGUGGUGGUGGUGGAGUCGUUGCUGACGCCUUCGCUCUUUCGCAACGUGCUGGCCAACGUGCUGUUCCGCCACUAUGAGGUGUCGUCCGUGCUGCUGGCGCCGUCGCACCUGAUGGCGCUGCUGCCGCUGGGUCUCCAGACGGGCCUGGUGCUGGACAUCGGCCACCGCGAGGCCGUCUGCAUCCCCGUCUACUGCGGCGUGCCGGUGCUGCGCUCAUGGCAGGCGCUGCCGCUCGGCGCCCAGGCCGUCCAUAGGUAAUCGCGCGCCCGGUGCCGGAGGACGCCGCACAGUGACAAUUCUGUUUUGGGGGUUUAGGGUUAAAAGUGCUUUUUCUCAACCAGGCUGGAGGUGGAGCUUUUUGUAUUCGCCUGCAUGUACGAAGCUGAGAAAAAGGAACUUUUUGCUUGAAUGUCUAGCGUUUCUUGGCGGAAUCGACUUUGUCUUGUUUUACUUAUGGUUUGUUGAUCAACAGCUGCCUCAAAUAGUUUUAUCAACUAAGUUUAUUGUACUUAUGGUUUCCAGGCAAACGUCUUUACUUACCUCAUGUAAGCAAGACUUAAAUAUGAUACAUAUUUCACAAGCAUUGAAAAUCCACCAGCUUAACUUUGUUCUGGUUCUAAUAUAGUUGGGGAUUCAAACCUGCUACAGGCAUGGAUCUCAAUUCCAAGCAUUUCAACAAUGA